AACCAAGACCCGCCCAGCGCCUCUUCCUGCUUGGACUCAAACUUUACCCGCCACAGCCGUUCGACGACAGUCGAGACAGUCGAUAUCUCAGCUGUACGACUGCAGUCAACCACUCGCUGAGUGUUGGGUUGGGUGAAGCACCAGAGCCUGUCUGUGCCAAGUAGGUGACUAUGCCUUCCAAAAAGCAAAACACGAAGGACAUCAGGUCCUUUUUCAAGAAAAGUGACUAUCAUGACUCCUGCGGCUCGAACACCACACAGAGUACUCAGCCAGGUGGAGCUGCAGCCUCUCGGCCACGUGGAGCUGCAGCCCCUCAGGAUGUGACACACGUGAAAGUGAAGAAGGAGAACAAUGCUGAGUCCACAGAUGGAUAUCUGCAUUGUUUCACGGUGAAAUUCAGCCGUGCUGACCGUAAUGAAUACCACAUUGACUGUGAUCAGCCUUGGACCGUGCUGCAGGCCAUGAAAUCAACCGAAAGCUACAACAAGAAGAUGAAGAAGUGUUCAGAUGAAAACAUUGUGAUUCAGCUGGGUAAAGGGGAUCAGAAAUAUAUUGUUGCAACACAUUUCCCUUGUUCUUGCAUCCCGAAAGGUGAGUGUCUUAUCAUAUCAUGUGAGUCAGAAAAGGUCGAACAGGCCCAAGGCCAACACUACAGCGCGAUACAUUCAGAGGACAAAUAUUCUGUCUUCUACAUUGAUACAGUGGGAGGGCUACACACCAAGAAAAAGAAGCUUUUCAGAAACCAAGCUGUCAAACAGUUCAAGUAUCUGUGUGUUUAUGGGGAGAAGGGGAUGACUGUGGAAGAGGCUCUGAAGCGAGACGGUCGCUUCAUUGAUGAGCUCGGCAACUUCACUCUGUCUGAGAACGACAAUCCAAACUGCAUCAUCGAACGUACACAAAAGGUUGACAACCUCGACCAAAGAGAGUUCAAGGUUUGUCUUCCACGGAGAGGGAGUGAUGGAAAUCAGCAGGAGGAUAAUAACUGUAGCACAGUGGCAGCCUUAAAUGUCGCACACCCCAGUGUCAAAGCAGCGAUGGCAAAGAGCGGCAGCAGUCAGGACCCUGAAGAGAUUUAUGAAAUACUGCGUCAGCAGUUUCCAGCUCUGAAGGAGUUGAUGGAGAGUAGAUUCGCUAAUAAUUCCUAUGAGGACACACUGAACCUGCGGAGGAAAGACUUUGGAAAGAUCCAACAGUCAUUCAGUGAAGUUCACAGAGUCAGGAAGCUGCUGAAACAGGGCGAGUCAGUUUGCAAAGUGAUCGUGGAGAAUGUUUGUCAGGGCACCGCCUUCGUGUUGUUCGACAACUUCAUCUUGACUAACGCACAUCUGUUCAAAGGUUGCGUUGAAGGAGACAGGCUGAAAGAGGGCAUAAACGUGUUUGCUCUGUUUAACCACGAGGAUCCUGAGCCACAUGUGAAUUACUACUACUUCCAGCUAGCUCACCGUAACAUCUGGUACAGCCAGGGCGAGCUCGAUUAUGCCGUGCUUGAGCUCAACCCUGAGGGUCAGAAACCCAACCAGACAACACAAACAAAGAAAAUGAAGGUGCCGCCAGGACUCCUGAAGUUCUUCGGUCCAGUGCCUUCAAACGGUGAAGCCUGUAUUAUCGGCCACCCAGCGGGAGGAGUGAAAAAAAUGGAUCCUACGUGUAUCAUUGAGAAAGCAAAGAGGCAGCAGGCUGUACGCGAUCAUUUGCAUCAGUACAGCUGUUUCAUUGUCUACAAAAUCCAAAACAUUAUAAAAGAUCAAGGCAUUGAAAACAUAAUGAUGGGUGGAAACGGUGCAGAAAAAGUGGUGACCUACAACACUUUCAUGUAUCAUGGCUCCUCUGGCUCCCCAGUGUUUGAUGCUAUUGGUCGAGUGUUUGGUUUGCACACUGCAGGAUAUACCUACGAGUUUCAAAAACAGACAGACAGUGUGAUAGAGUUCGCCCACCCCCUGCUCGCUAUAUUUGAACACUUUGUGAAAAUGGUGAAGAAAAGUGGAGAUGUGGAGCUGUUAGGGAGAGUUGAGGAAGAAGCAAAGCGUAAUCACUACUUAAAAAAGGUGCUCGAUACCAACAGAGCUGACACUGCUGAGCCAGCAGACCCCGAUGAGGGCUCAAACUCAGAUGAGUCAGUGGAGGUUGACUUUGAAUGAACAGAAAGCGUUAAAGUUAUGAGAACACACCUGGCCACACAGAACAGAACUACCUUUAACUGGUGUUCUUCAUUUUUUGUUCAAACUGGGUGCAGUUCAUUAUUUUCUCUGUUGCAUUCCAUCGAAACCUCUCUUCAAAAUGUCUUUCCUGACUGUUUUAACACUUUAAGAGUCCAGUCCUGCUGUUUGUGUUCAUGGCCAGAAAUGGACGGGCCCCUGCCUCCAUCAAAGAGCGAGCCACAUCUCCUUGGUUGUCCCCAGGGGUAAAAGUAUGGGGGCCACUCUUUUGCCCUUCACGGCCCUAAGCUCUGGAACUCUCUUCCACCACAGCUGCAGACUGUCUCCGAUUUUAAUGUUUUUAAAUCAUCUUAAAACGCACUUGUACCGCCUGGCGUUUAAUGCUUCAUCUCCUUCUGACUGCGUGUUUUUAAAAUUCUUUUUACUUUAAAUUAUUAUUUUUUAUUUAUUUGUUGAAUCUAUUCUUCUGUGUUAAGCGCCUUGUGCUCCUUUUUGGAUGUUGGAAGGACCUGUAGAAAUAAAGUUUGAUUGAUUGAUUGAUUGAAUAUCCAUAGCCCAAUUUCCUCUGUUAAUCAUGACUCAAGUGGUUUUUAUGGUGUUACUUGCUGUGUACUUUGAAUGUAUUGUUUGAGAGUUGUGGAGCUGACUUGGUGGCAAAUUAUUUUCUCUGCUGGGGAUCAAUAAAGCUUUCAA